UUCUAAUGCCUCUAGCGUUGACCGAUGCCUUUCUUCUGAUGAGCUAUUUCCUACUACGUUUCCUUCCACGAUUGGCGACUAUCCAUUCUUGCUCGCUGUUCAUAUAACCUUUGUGUUGGUUGCAUCACAGCACGAAUGGCUGAACCCAUCGUACCAAACAUAGUCUUGGUGUUACAUAGGGCAAGACAAAAAAACAAAAGAGUAUAAUUUGACUAAAAUGAGUUUAUCAAGGCUAAGAUUCCAUCAUCAGCAUCACCAUCGUAUAUCACCACUACCCAACCCAUUUCUCUCAUGUGCUCGCGAUUGCAGGACAAGACCACCAUUUCUUCAACUACAAAGAGAGAGCAAUAGUAAUAUCAAUAACAAUCAUUACAGAAGCCUUCACUUACCAUCCACUCUCAUAAACAAACCAGCCGUGAGAGCAUUUUCUACAUCAUCAUCAGCAGCAACAAUGGUCAAAGCCAUUAGGGUUCAUCAACUUGGUGGUCCAGAGGUUCUACAGUGGGAGGAUGUGGAAAUAGGUGAGCCAAAGGAUGGGGAGAUCCGAGUGAAAAACAAAGCCAUUGGGCUAAACUUCAUCGAUGUAUACUUCCGGAAAGGAGUUUAUAAGGCGGCUACUAUGCCCUUUACUCCAGGUAUGGAGGCAGUUGGUGUGGUGACUGCUGUGGGCCCUGGACUAACUGGUAGGAAUGUGGGAGAUCUUGUUGGCUACGCUGGUAAUCCAAUGGGCUCAUAUACUGAAGAGCAGAUCCUUCCUGCAGAUAAAGUGGUGUCAAUUCCUUCCUCUAUUGAUCCUAUUGUAGCAGCAUCUGUCUUGCUUACGGGAUUGACAACUCAGUUCCUAGUCCGUCGUUGCUUCAAGGUUGAGCCUGGACACACAGUCCUUGUUCAUGCAGCAGCUGGUGGAGUUGGGUCUCUAUUGUGCCAGUGGGCAAAUGCCCUGGGUGCCAUUGUUAUUGGAACCGUCUCAACCAAAGAGAAGGCUGCUCAAGCCAAAGAUGAUGGAUGCCACCAUCCCAUAAAUUACAAAGAAGAGGACUUUGUUAGCUGUGUCAACGAGAUAACUUCCGGGAAAGGGGUUGACGUUGUCUAUGAUUCUGUUGGAAGAGACACCUUUCAGGGAUCAUUAGCAUCCUUAAAGCCUCGUGGAUAUAUGGUGAGUUUUGGGCAGUCAUCCGGUACACCAGACCCUCUUCCUCUGUCAGCACUUGCGCCAAAAUCACUGUUCUUGACUAGGCCUUCCCUCAUGCAAUACACUGCAACACGAGAGGAGCUGUUGGAAGCUGCUGGAGAGUUAUUUGCUAAUGUUGCAUCAGGUAUCCUACGAGCCCGUGUAAACCACACAUACCCAUUAUCUCAGGCAGCACAAGCACAUUCCGACCUCGAGAGUCGGAAAACAUCCGGAUCUGUUGUGCUGAUACCAGACAGCAACUCGCAGUAAAUCCAUAUCUCCAACCAUCCUUAUUCCCUCCUUGAAGGGGAAAAAUUUCUGGUUGGCAUCAUUGGAUUGUGCAAUGAACAUGAAAUGUAAUUACAUGUUGGAUCAUUGUACUACCUGAUGUGUGAAACUUAUUACCUGAGAUGAGAGCAUUUUCAUAUUCUGUUAUCAUGGAUGAUAAAACUGUAACAUGAAAAAUCAAACAAUUGAUAUCUUAUAUUAUUGAUGUUGGUCCUUUGUUUUGGUUCUUUUGCU